AUGUUAUACGGAUUGGAUGUAGUAGAAUAUGGGACAUUAAAAUAUAACAAAAUAAACACGGAAGAAAUUGAGGAAAAAUAUGUCUACGAUAAUAAUAUACUGAGCAAAGAAAACAAGAGUAACAUUCAAUCGCUGCUGGAUGACAUUAAUAAUAAUCUGUACAGUAAUAGGGACCUCUAUGAAGAAGGUCUCAUCCUGGAGAAGAAGAAAUUGAACCAGUUGGAAAAGGAAACAUUACAUUUGGGAGAAGUACAUAACCCGAUAAUCAUCCUGGGAGAUAUGCAAGACGGAGAUGUUAUAAAAGUGAAAGAAUUAAAUUCGAUGCAACAAAGAGGUGUUAAAAUAAAGGAAAAUCUAUCUUACGAUGAUUUUACCCUUAUUGAAUGGUUUCUCUCGAAAAAAGUGGGAUGCCAUACCUACUUUAGAGAGCACGCAAUCCAUUGUGGUAGCCAUUUGUUGAUCAAGUCUUACAUGAUAGGUUAUUUUGUCAAAGCUAAAGUUUCCAAAAAUGUCUACAUUAAUGGGAAAAAAACCUUCGUUACUUCUAUUAGUGUAAAAGGGCCAGUUACAAUAAAUGACAACACCGCUAAACAGGUGCUAAAGCAUUUGUCCAACGUGAACGAAUCGAUAGAAGUGUAUCUUGCACCCUCCGAUAUUUAUAAUAUAUUUUUUUCUAUCAUGGAACCCAGAAUUAAAAAAUUACUGGGUUUAUUUAUCUUUUACCCUGCUCACAUAUUCAUCAUGAGGAAGGGUCUACGAUUCGCUAUUACGCUCAACGGAGAAAGUUACUCAGUCGAUUAUUUGUGGGAUUCCUUCUACUUAACUAAAAAGGAUAUUUUGUUCGAUAAGCCCACGGAUUUUGUUCCCACCUACAUGGACACCUCUGACAUUCACUUGUAUUUCGUAACGACCAGUUUCCAUGGGGAAAUGAUAAAAUCCGUAAUACGAGCCAACUCGAGCGACGAAAAAGACGUGAUAUACGCGACUGUUUUUUUUUGCAAGUAUCAAAAGGGGCUGCGGUCGUUAGACGAAUUCAUGCGUGACUCCCUCGCAGGGUCAUAUAACCAUUUUAAAAAAAAAUUCCAGAACAUGUUCGUGCAGCUAACAGGGGAAAACUUACAACAAAUCCGGUUGUUCAACGUGUACAAAUAG